AGAUCCAAAGAUGAGUGAAGAAGCAUAUGAAGAAACUCAGGAAUCAAGUCAGUCUCCUCGUCCUGUUCCAAAACUGAACGAGAGGAUUCUCUCAACUCUAUCCAGGAGAUCUGUAGCUGCACAUCCAUGGCACGACCUUGAGAUUGGUCCUGAAGCUCCAUUGGUGUUCAAUGUGGUGGUCGAGAUCACAAAGGGAAGCAAAGUGAAAUAUGAGCUCGACAAAAAGACCGGUCUAAUCAAGGUUGACCGGAUCUUGUACUCGUCUGUUGUUUAUCCACACAACUACGGAUUCAUCCCCAGGACAUUGUGUGAAGACAAUGAUCCUCUUGAUGUUCUUGUCCUUAUGCAGGAGCCAGUGCUCCCAGGUUGUUUCCUCCGUGCUAGAGCCAUUGGAUUAAUGCCCAUGAUUGAUCAGGGUGAGAAAGACGACAAGAUCAUAGCAGUUUGUGCAGAUGAUCCAGAGUACAAACAUUUCACAGACAUCAAACAACUCGCUCCUCAUCGUCUAUCUGAAAUCCGCCGUUUCUUCGAGGACUAUAAGAAGAACGAGAACAAGAUGGUGGCUGUGAACGAUUUCUUGCCAUCAGAGACGGCGCAUGAAGCAAUCCAGCACUCCAUGGAUCUGUACGCUGAGUAUAUCCUCCACACCUUGAGGAGAUGAAGAGCAACAACUACAUUUGUGUUUCUUUUACGCGGAAGAGAUGAUUAUUGGCAGCAUAUCCGCAUAUAUAAAUCUAUAAAUAUUUUUAUUAUCUUACAUAUUUCAUAAAUCAUAUGAUCGGCUUUUGCAGUUUUGUUUUGUUCCUUUUUUUUUUGGGUUUUGGUUGAAUAUAUAUUUUCCCUUGUGGGUGAUGUUAUGCAAUUUUGUUCAAUUGUACAUUUGAAAGUGAUAUAUAUAUAAAUGGAUAUUAAUGAA